AUGGUGCUGCAGCUCAGUGAGAACCCAGAGCCAAAGGACCAGAUCUCAAAAAUGAUAAAAAUUUUAAGUGGGGAAAUGGCCAUUGAGUUCCUUCUUUUGUUUUUAAUACGCAACAACAAUACAGGCCUUGUGAUUCUCAAAAACACUAAGAUAAGAGCUUUUUUGGGUAUAGAUGCAGUUCAGAAUUCUGUGUUUCAUACAGCAACAGUUAUAGCAAACUCCUUUAUGCAUUGUGGUACAACCAGGGACCAGCCUCUUAGAGAUGAUUUGGAGCGGCUGGCCAGGGCCACUAACUGGGCUAAGUUUACUGCUGUUGCCAGCUUGGGUGUUAUACACAAGGUAAUAGGUCAUGUGAAAGAAGCAUUGCAGCUAAUGGCAACUUACCAACCCAAGGAGACCUUGCCAGGGUCAGCAUACCAGGAAGGUGGGGGCCUGUAUGCCUUGGGUCUCAUUCAUGAUAGCCGUGGUGGGGACAUCACUGGUUAUUUGCUGAACCAGCUGAAGAAAGCCAGUAAUUAUAUUGUCUGACAUGGUGGCAGCCUGGGUUUUGGUCUGGCUGCCAUGGUAGCAGGUCAAUAUGUGUACGAUUUGCUGAAAACAAAUCUAUGCCAGGAUGAUGCAGUGACAGUUGAGACAGCUGGCUUUGCACUGGAACUGGAUAUGUUGUGAUUUAAAAAUGCUCAAGCUAUUGAGGACAUGGUUGGCUAUGCACAGGAAACCCAGCAUGAGAAGAUUUUGCGAGGCCUUGCAGUUGGAAUUGCUCUGGUCACGUAUGGGAGAAUGGAGGAGGCAGAUGCUCUCAUUGAGAGUCUGUGCAGAGAUAAGGAUCCAGUUCUCUCUCUUUCUGGCGUGUACACUGUUGCGGUGGCAUGCUGUGGCUCAGGGAAAAACAAGGCUAUCAGGCGCUUAAUGCAUGUGGCUCUGAGUGAUGUGAAUGAUCAUGUGAGGUGGGCAGCUGCUGAGUUGCUUGGUUUCGUUCUGUUCAGCAGGUGGCUCUUAAGAGCUUCAGCUCUGUUGCAUUUUUUCUUGCUGCAUAGCAAUAGUCUCCUGAAUUUAAAAAGGUCUGAUCAACUGUCUUCUGCAUCUGUGUACAGAAAGAAAAUUCCAUGCAGGUCUUCCAUAUUUUCAGAUCAGGAAUUGAUCUUUGUUUACAUUGCCAAGUGA